AUGUCGAAUUACAAUCCCCCAACUGGUCCCCCACCUAACUGGGAUGACAAGCAGCAAUCGGCUCCCUUGGGAAACCAAUCCCAGACCGAUAGAGGCUACGCCCCUCCUCAACAGCCCCACUACCAGCAACAGGGCUAUGGUGGCGGUUACGGCCAACAGGGUCCUCCUCAGGGUGGCUACUACCAGCAGGGGCCUCCUCAGGGUGGCUACUAUCAGCAGCAACCCCAGCAGCAGUAUUAUGUUCAACAGCAAAAGAGCUCUAGUAGCAACGGAUGUUUGAUGGGAUGUUUGGCUGCCUUGUGCAUGUGCUGUACUUUGGAUGCUCUCUUCUAG